AUGUUGCUUCGCCGAUUACCGUGGACGGUGGUUUCCGCCGCCGCACCACUUCCAUUCCAUUCCUCCAAUGGAGUUUUCACUCCUCCAAAGCAACUAACCUUCUCCCCUUCAUCCUUCUGCUCCACCUCCGACCUCCAUCUCACUCACCAUCCAGAUAAACCUGAACACGAACCGGAUAAUCGUCGCCCGCAGCAUCUGAAACCCGGUCUUUAUCUCGUCGGAACACCGAUCGGAAAUCUCGAAGACAUCACAUUCAGGGCUCUUCGUGUUUUGAACUCGGCAGAUGUUAUACUAUCGGAAGACACGAGGCACUCUGGAAAAUUGCUUCAUCACUACAAUAUCAAAACACCCCUGAUGAGUUAUCACAAAUUCAAUGAAUCACAAAGGGAACAACUUGUGCUCAGGAGGUUGAAACAAGGUGAGAUUGUGGCACUUAUUAGUGAUGCUGGAACACCGGGUAUAAGUGAUCCUGGUAUGGAGUUGGCAAAAUUAUGUGUUAGUGAAAAUGUUCCUGUUGUUCCAAUCCCAGGUCCUUGUGCUUUGGUAUCUGCUCUUUCGGCGUCAGGUUUAUCCACCGAUGAAUUUACAUUUGUUGGUUUUCUUCCAAAACAUUCGGGAUCAAGAAGAAAAAGGCUCAUGGCUUCGGCGGAGCAAACAGCAACACAAAUAUUUUAUGUUCCUCCUCACAAGCUUUCUCAGUUUCUUGAAGAGGGUUCACCAAUUUUUGGUGAUACAAGGAAAUGUGUUAUUGCUCGAGAAAUGACGAAGUAUCAUGAAGAGUUUUGGCGCGGAUCACUUGGUGAAGCCAACCAUGUAUUUUCUACUCGUCUGCCAAAAGGAGAACUUACCAUAUUGGUUGAAGGGCAAGCAAGUUCUAAAGUUGAACCUCCUUCUGACACCGAGCUUGAGAGUGAACUAAGAGAGUUAAUUGAAAACGGCGAGAGUCUUUCCACGGCUGUUAAACUGGUUACUGGAAGAACAUCAGCGACUAGAAAAACUAUAUAUUCACUUGCUUUAAGAAAAUUUGGUAAGCAACUUGAAGUGGAAGAUGAUUUGAGUUAG